CUUGUCGUUGGUUUCGGGCCUUGGGAGGGCUGUGGGCUCCAUGAUGAUUCGAGUUGUGACCUCGGCUGGGGAGUGCUGACCGAGACCAGGGGAUUCUUCCUAUCUCCCUCCGGGUUAGCAGCCGAUCAGGUGAGAGCUCGUUCUGCCCUGUUUGUAUUGGGGUAAGUGGAGUGCUGGGUUUCAUCCUCUCGGUUAUAUUCACAGACUGCCUUCCAUACCGCUCCUAUCACGGGGAGCAGCUUAUUAUGAACACUCUGAUAGCCAGCAUUUGGAACUGCACUUCCACAGCCUUUUCUUUGAUGUUCAGCCAGUCCUGUUGCUGGCUGAGCAUCAUGGGAAACGUAGUCCCUAAACCCUUGGAGUGGCAUGGUUUUUCUAUUAUUUCUUUAUAUUCAGAUAUUUCGAUGUCGUUGUAUUGUUGCCGGCUUGUUAGACACUGUAUGUAAGUUAUGACACAGUAAAUGUUAAAAGUCAUAUUUUCUUUUUUUUAUUACUCUAGGUAAUUAUAUAAAUAUAUAUAUAUAUAUAUAUUUUAAGUUAAAGGGAUCCUAUAGUGCCAGGAAAACAAACCCCGUUUUUCCUGGCCCUAUAGGCUCUAGGAGUGCCCCCUCCCUCAGGGCCCCUCCUCCCUCGGCGCUGAAGGGGUUAAAACCCUUUCAGUCACUUGCCUUAAUCCAGCGUCGGGCUCCCUUGGCGCUGGUGACCUCUCCUCCCCUGCCGACUUCAGCCCCCGAGUGGAGCCGCAUGCGCGGCCAGAGGCACGCGCGCAUUAAAACCCGCCCAUAGUAAAUCAUUACUCAUUGCUUUCCUAUGGGGAUCUUUUUUGACGCUGGAGGUCCGUGAGGAAUGUUUAAAUAAAAAAGUUUUCAGGAAUGGUAAGUCUGCUAAACAAUGUAUCAGAGUACUUAAGUAACCGUUAUAAUAAUUUCCACAUCAAUAUGCAAAAACCGGGUAUUCAAAGGAGAGUUCAAUUUUAUAUAUAUAUAUAUAUAUCUCAGCAAGUUAAGAGGAAAAUGAUGACAUCAGUCCUUAGUACAUAUAUAAAAAAAACAAAAUCAAACGGAGCAGUCCCAAAGAGUCUUUUAAACUGUAUGCUCCUAUCUGUACACGGCUGAAAUCCCUUCUAUUGAAACAGCAGGAAAAACUAGCCGAAGGGGAGCAGAUAACACUCUAGUAACACACUACAAAUAUCUAUUAAUAGUAUGGUAAAUAUAGAUAUUAUAAUCCACUGUGAUUAAUCCAAUAAUGUUCACUGUAAAAAUGACGAUGCAGAAAUGUGUAGUUAACAUUUCUACAUACAAGUCCAAUUUAAAACCGCCAAUGCUUUCCGUCCAACAUCUGCCGUUGGUCUUUAUAGUAUAAAGUGCAGAAGCAUUUCGUUCGUAAAAUUUUUUUUUAUUUUAUAAAAUAUGUACGAUAAAAUCAAUCAAUGAAAAUCAUUCACAAGAAGCACAAAAGUGUGGGAACCUUUAUCCGGAGUCUCACCCCCAGCAGCCUGGAUACUCUGCUGUUGCUGACUUACAGGAGCCGGCUUGAAGGCAGCUGCAGAGUCCUGUGUGUUGAAUGACUGAAGGGGAGAUUCGCUGCGUGCGUUCCACUUUGGUCCACUUUGCGUUCUUAUGUAUAUCGAUGUAUCGUGUAGCGUUUCGUGAUGAUAGAUUAUAAUUUACAUAAAAACAUUAGUGAUAAAAUUUGUUAGUUACGUCUAAAACUAGCUAUGACAAUAAUAAAAGAUAGAUAAAUUGAUGAAGACUUUCUUAAAAAGGAUGAUGCUGAAUGAAAUCACUGAUCAAGAAAAAGGUAAACAAGGAUCCUCUUCUAAAAAAAGACCCACAGAUACUAGAUCAAAAAUCCACAAAUUGGGCAGUUUAUUAGAACAAGAGACCCAAAUAUGGUGGGAUUUUAUUAACUUUGAAUUGUAUGUGGCUAACAAUAUAGUACAAAGAUGCUUAAGAUUACAAAAAACAAGGAUGAGAAUAUGUUGUCUAAAUGGGACCAACUUCUUGAUAAAGGUUCCCUACUACUCAUUAUUUUUUUUGAUUAAGGAAAAGGAGGAGGAAUUGGAACAAAUAGAAAUUGAAAAACUCAGAUUAGAAAUGCUUCUUGUGAAUGAUUUUCAUUGAUUGAUUUUAUCGUACAUAUUUUAUAAAAUAAAAUCUUUUUUAUGAAUGAAAUGCUUCUGCACUUUAUACUAUAAAGACCAACAGCGGAUGUUGGACGGAAAGCAUUUCUGGUUAUAAAUUGGACUUGUAUGUAGAAAUGUUAACUACACAUUUCUGCAUCGUCAUUUUUACAGUGAACAUUAUUUUUCACACAGUGGAUUAUAUUAUCUAUAAUGUACCAUACUAUUAAUAGAUAUUUGUAGUGUGUUACUAGAGUAUUUGCUCCCAUCGGCUUUUUUUUCCUGCUGCUUCAAUAGAAGGGAUUUCAGCCGAAUACAGACAGGAGCGUACAGUUUAAAAGACUCUUUGGGACUGCUCCGUUUGAUUUUUUUAUAUAUAUAUAUAUAUAUAUAUAUAUAUAUAUAUAUAUAUAUAUACACACACACACUAAGGACUGAUGUCAUCAUUUUCCUCUUCACUUGCUGAUAUAUGAUUGAACUCUCCUUUGAAUGCCUGUUUUUUGCACAUUGAAGUUGAAAUUGUUAUUAUUAUAACUGUUACAUAAGUACUGUGAUACAUUGUUUAGCAGACUUACCAUUCCUGCAAACUUUUUUAUUUAAGCAUUGGGGUUUUAAUUAUACUCACUCAAAUAUUGCAAGUGUUAGUAAAUAUCUCCUGGUUGCAGCAAUUCAUUUUUUUUUUUUCUUUUUGAUACUUUUAUUUUCUGUUAUCCAUUUCAGCCUAAGGUGUGGGUUGUUUUACUGGGAUUUGAGGAGUUACACACUUAUUCUGAGACCAUUACUUACACCUUCCUACCUAUCCGAAAGGAAUUAUUUCCUUUUUGGUGAUUUUUUUUUAUUUUAUUUUAAAACUAGGGUGACCUGGCACCCAGACCACUUCAUUGAGCUGAAGUGGUUUGGGUGCCUAUAGUGGUCCUUAAAGGUCAAUAUACAUUCUACAAAUUAAGCAUAGCACGUAUUUUGCUAUAUCAUGCAGUGUAGCUGACACAAAAUGUAUUUUCUAGCGGGGGGUGGGGGGGGGGCAAUAUGUAUAUUUCUCUUGCAAAACUGAAGGACCUAUGUUGCUUUAUUAGGAGCAAAGAUCCUAUAGAUCCACUUUCUAGGAGCAAGGCUACUGGAGACCUACUUUCUGGCCACCCAUAGAUUCUUUAACCAACAUUCAUCAACUUCACAGGUAUGUCCAUGACAGUACAGGCAUGUGUUUGCUAUAUUGGCAUCCUCACUGAAGUCACUAUACCAGUGUUGGCGUUUCCACUAGUUUUGCAUUAGUUCUGAUGGAUUAUAGGAUAUGGCAUGAUCUCAUGCAAUACGCAAAGAUGUCAUUGGCACUUUGUUCGUAAGCUUAAAACUAUUAGACCCUAUGUUAUACAUGUAUGUGUGUGUGUGAGAUUUCAAUAGCGACAAUAGUAGAUAUUAAAAUAUGUAUGUUUCCUUAACUAUCCACCCUGCCAUCUCCACCCAAGCUGGUGUGUCACCUUCACCGGUCUUGGCAAAAUAUCUUGAGAUAAGUGAUCAUUGUCCGUGUGCCUUUUUGCAGCUUAACGUAUUGCUAUAUGUAAAAUGUGGACAAAACAGCAACCCUAGAGCCCACGUAAUCAUUUUAGGACCCUAUGAGAUUUAAAUUCCUGUAUACACCAUAAAUAAACAGCUUGGGUGAAUAAGAAUCUUUAUUAUAUAGUAUCCAAAAAUGAAAAUGUACAAAAAGUAGAAAUAACAGUAAAUCUAAAAGCAGCAAAAAGGCACGCGAAACAAAAGAAGCACUAAAAAGUCCUGUAAUAAGGCACUACAAUAUCAACAAAAGUUUUUUUUGUUUUUUUUUAUAGUUCCUUUUUGCCGUACUUUUUAGUGCUGGUUUUGUGUCGCAAGCCCUUUUAGGGUGAAUUGAUCUUUCCAUCACCCGCAUUUAGUCUAGAAAUUUUUUUAUCCGAGUUAGCUAUCUAAAGUUUAUUCCUUGUUGCAAGUAAAGACUCUGGGGUGCAAAAUGCAUUAAGCUUUAAAGGAAAACUACAGGAAAGAUUCACCUAAUCCACAAUAAAGUGGAUGAGGUAAAAACUGGAAAAAUGUAAUCAGUAUCCUGGGGUAAAUGGGAUCACAGUCUACUCUUCAUGCACCAAUACAUACACAAACCACAUAUAUCCCCAGUGCAAGUGAAAUAUUGUACUGCACCAAAACGUGAGUCAGGCGUUUUGUUUGGAGUGUGUUUAGGGCACUUAUUACCAUGCACUGUAGGAUUUCUAUCUGAUUUAUAGACAUGCCUCACUCUCACUAGUUUUUUUAGUUUUUUUUAUUUGAUUGUUCACUCCUUUAUUCUUUUACUCCUCUACCUAUCCAGUCAGUUUAACAGGGAGAGAGGCUUUACUACACUUCACUUAUGGUCUAACCUUGAGUCAAUCUCUGUUACUUAACACUGAGACCAUGGUUUAACCCCUUGUCUACCUGGGUACACUGGUAUACUUUCCAUUGCAAUAUUUACCUACCAAGGGCUAACAAAGGUACUAUUAACUUGCUGCUUUAUUCGGACAGAACUAUGAUUUAACCUCUAGUUAAUCCCUGUUUUUUUUUAACACUAGUACUAUGGUUUAACCCUUUGUCUACCUUGGUACACUGGCUUAUUUUCCAGUGCACUACUUACCUACAAAGGGUUAUCAUAAGUGCUAUAAAUAAGCCUAAUUAAUAAAGCUUGUAUAUUAAUAUUUUAAGCACCUGUCUGGAUAAUCCAAUGGUUAUCCAUUUUCUAUACUAGGUAGAGGAGUAGCCUUACACGGCUAGUAUUUUUCACUUGCACUGGGGAUAUAUGUGUAUGUAUUAGUGCAUGCAGAAUGGACUGUGAUCCCAUUUACCCCAGGAUACUGAUUACAUUUUUCCAGUUUUUACCUCAUCCACUUUAUUGUGGAUUAGGUGAAUCUUACCUGUGUUGUUGUUGUUAUUAUUAGGGGUAAGCCCUUUGGACACUACCGGAAUGUCUACACUGGCGUUUAGAUCCCAAGAAGUAAACUCUUGGGUAUCUUAUUUUUAUUAGCGUUAAAGGAAAACUACUAGCACAAUGUAAAGAUGACUUUUUAUGCUCUUAAAAACCCCCCCACAAAAGUAGUUAGUAGUUUUGGGCAUGAAAGGUGCCCUUUAAAUCCCUUAAAGAAUUUUAGAAUAAUAUUUCUACAUAGUACUAUUACUACCCAACUGAACUAAAAAUAACAUUUAUUUUUUUCGUGCACAGGUUAGGAUGUUAAAUUGGUGAUCUGAUGACUCCCAUGACCUUGACUUUCAUCUCUAAUUCGAAUGCGCUUGAAUUUACAAAACAAAAGGCCAUUAAAUGCUGUAUUUGACAUUGUAGUGUGCUGUGAAAAUGUAGUAGUUUACUUGGACAUACAGAUGACAUGAGUCUAGUAGAAAGGACUAAAAUACUACUUGGUUUAUAAAUCCAUGAAAGUAAAAUCUGUUUUUAAGUGGAACAUUAGCCAUGAAAACCAAUGGGGUGUUCUUUUUCUCAUAUAUAGAACGAGCCUGAUUGAUUUUUCUGGAGGGUUGCAUUGCCGUCAACGGAUUGGUUCGAUCAGUGAACAGCAACUGUAAGUAUUAAACUAUCAGCAUUUUUUCCUUCUUAUUAUAUAAUAUUUUUUUUAAAACAAAUAUACCAAUUAUAAACACAACCAAGUGGUAUAUUUGUUUUUUAAAUGUAAUGGCAUGGGGUGCAAAGUGGACACAAAUGAAAUUUAAUUAAAUAUACUGUGCAAUUUCUCCAAAAUCAAAUCGCCACAAACUUUUGUGGUUGUGGCACAAAGGAAUGGUAUAUUUCGAUACACUUGUUAAAAACAUGGAAUGCCAAUUUCACACAGCUGCAGAGAAGCAUUCAUCUAAACUGUGGUGAACACUAUUCGCAAUAAGAAUGUAGACAAAAUGUAGCUGUAAUAGCAGAAUGCAAGAAUCUGUCAGUGGUCAAAAUGUUUGAUAUAGCCCAUCAGAAUGCAUUAUUUCAUAUACACAUAUUUUUUUUUCUAUGAGUUUAUUUAUAUGCGUGGUUGUUCUUCUAAAAAAAAAAAAAAAGUAGGCUAGUACUUACUGUUUUUCCCCUGUCCCUGCAUGGUUAAUUUGAUGGCUUCUUAGAGACAUGUCUCAAAAAAUUAUUAAUAAUUAUAAAUUGGUGAAAAUGGCAGUACCUGGGUCAGGGGAAUAAAUAGUAUGUUUAGAAUUUUCAAGAAGGUUUAAAGCGGCACUGUCAACGUUUGGAGACUUUUAAUGAUUUUCAACAGUCCCUGAUUGUGAUACUGAACCUGUUACCUGAACCUGCCCCUCACAGGCGUGUCCAUCGUCUUCCCUACUUUGUCUCAGUAUAUAUUUUGACAACGGUUGGAAUAUCAGUCAUAUUGACUGUUAGAAUUUCACUAUUUCUUAAGGGCAGUGCCGCUUUAAGAGUUGGAGAUCUGGAAUUCAUCAGUUUGUUCAACAGAUAAUUUUUUUUAAAUUUUUUUUAACUAUCAAUUUAAUUGACUUUGCUUGUUAAACUUAUAGAGGCACUCCAAGCUAUAAUUUACAUUUUUAUACACUGUAUAGGUAAGAGCCUUAACAACAUUGUACGAAAAACAUGUUUAAAAUAGUUAAAAUAAAAUAAGAUAAAGAAAGAUAUAUAUUUAACAAGCAAUUGUCACUUAUGAGAUUUUUGCACAAUUAAAUAGCUAACUAUUUUAAUUUGCUUAAAAACCACUAAAGCACAGUUAAGUGGUUCUGGUGUCCUUUCAGGGUGACCAGCCAGACGUUUUGCAAACGGUUUGACAAUUUACUUUGGUUGUGCUGGUCGUAGCCACCUGGAGACACCCGCACAGAGCUUCUGUUAGCUCCACUAAGCUAAGCCUGCUCUCAAAUUGUUUCUGAACUGUUUGAUUACUUACCAUGAGAGGUGACGUCACCAGGGCACUUUUGUUAUAAUAAACUAUUGUAGUGAUCAUGUAGUCCUUGGAGUGUUUAGUUAUGCCUGCAGAAGAUGCUGAAGACACAUACACUUGCAGAAAAUUACUCUAAUUUCUCUUUAGCUGCUUGAGUGCACCCAUUGUUUCAUGGGACUAGUUUGAUGCUCAAAGUGCUGCAGUGGUAGGUAAGCUUUUGACUUGCCCUCCUCUGCUUUAGUCACUUUGGUAAAUGCUGCCAUAGCUCUUACUUUUUUUUUUUAUGAAAAGUCACAGUUCCUUUUUAAAGUUUCUACAUAUAACUUUAUAUAGCACACUGUCCCAUAAGCCCUCAUGGCUUACGAGCAAAGCAUAAGUUACUGGGAGUUGUUCAGUUUCAGCAUUCAACUUAUAAAGCUGUUACAUUGCAGCCCUAAAUCUGCCUCCAGUGGCUGUCUCCCAGAAUAUUAUAUUUUAGAAUGGAGUUGGAGCAGAAAAGGCACGGUUAAAGGGACACUAUAGUCACCUGAACAACUUUAGCUUAAUGAAGCAGUUUUGGUGUAUAAAACAUGCCCCUGCAGCCUCACUGCUCCAUCCUCUGCCAUUUAGGAGUUAAAUCCUUUUGUUUAUGAACCCUAGUCACACCUUCCGGCAUGUGACUUGCACAGCCUUCCAUAAACACUUUCUGUAAAGAGAGCCCUAUUUAGGCUUUCUUUAUUGCAAGUUCUGUUUAAUUAAGAUUUUCUUAUCCCCUGCUAUGUUAAUAGCUUGCUAGACCCUGCAAGAGCCUCCUGUAUGUGAUUAAAGUUCAAUUUAGAGAUUGAGAUACAAUUAUUUAAGGUAAAUUACAUCUGUUUGAAAGUGAAACCAGUUUUUUUUUCAUGCAGGCUCUGUCAAUCAUAGCCAGGGGAGGUGUGGCUAGGGCUGCAUAAACAGAAACAAAGUGAUUUAACUCCUAAAUGACAGUGAAUUGAGCAGUGGAAUUGCAGGGGAAUGAUCUAUACACUAAAACUGCUUUAUUUAGCUAAAGUAAUUUAGGUGACUAUAGUGUUCCUUUAAGAUACAGAGUGAAAUGAAAACAUUUUUGCAAAACCUAAACAAAAUUGAACAUCUAACUUUUUUUUUUUGUGUGCCAGAAAAGUUAUAAAAGUACUGGUGACAGUUUUUAAUAUAUUUUCAUUCUUCAUAUUUGUGUUUAGAUUGCAGAGAUAUGAAUGAACACCCUAAGAAACGAAAAAGAAAAACCCCCUUCCCGUCCCGCUAUGCUGGGCAGAUUGCCACUGAAACAUCUCCUGGUAAGAUAAUCCUAUAUGAAAGAGAUUUAUAAAAGUAGUUGGUUAGAUUUGUGGAGGAAUUACCAUGCAAACCAACAGAAUCAUCAGAAACAUUCCUUAGGUUUCCAUGGUGAUUACACCACUUUUAGAAGUUCACCUUACUUUUAUUUUAGUGACAGUUUAAACAAAAUGAGGACAUAAUGCAGAAUAUAAAGUUCUCUGUGUUGAGCAUUACUUUUUCGUAGUAAUGUUUAAAUAAAUAUAUUCACCAGAACUAUUACAGCCUAAUGUAGUGGUUCUUGUGUCUAUAGCAUAUUCCUGCAUCCUUUUUUUAUAUAAAUACGGUCUUUCAGAGAAAAGGCAGUAUAUACAUUGCCUAUUAACCCUUCUAGUGGCAGUCACUGUCACAUUGUGUGCAGUACCUAAGUUCAGCAUCUCCAUGCUCUGUAUAGAGACGCUGAAUGCUUCCCAUUCAAUGCAUCUGUAUGAGGAGAUGCUGAUUAAUUUAGUAAGCCAUUUCCUGCGCAUGUGCAAUUGCCUUCCAAUGCUUUUCUGUGUGAAAGCAUUGGAUUGGUUAAGAUUAUCAAGAUUGAGUGAGGACCAGGCGUGGGAGAAAAGGUGGGUAAAAUCAUAUUUUUACUGCAAUUGGAGGGAGGGGCGGCUAACCUAAAUAGCCACUUAAGGACUGUAGUGUCCAGAAUACAUGUUUGUAUUUCUGACACUAAAGUAUUCCUUUUAAUGAAGUAACCCAGUGGUUCCCAAACUUUUUAGGUUCAAGGCGCCCUUACUAUUUCAAUAUUUUUCCAAGGCACCCAAAGUCAAAACAAUUUUCUAGGUUGUAGAGCUGUACAGAGAGAGUUGUACAGCGCUGCAGCAUAUACUGGUCCCCUAAUCUUGGGUGUGGCACUGGUAGAAUAUUUAAAGAAACAAUCGAGGCACAAUAACCACUACAUUAUGUUGUAAUGGUUAUGGUGCCAGUAGUGCCCUCCCAAGGUAAGAAGUCAAAUUAUUUAAGAACAGUUUGACAACUUACCGGGGGUCUGCCAGGAUAGGGACUGUAGUGUGUGUGUACAGGGGUGCAUUGUGUUUGUGAAGGAUGCAGUUUGUGCGUGGGGGUUGCAGCAUGUGUGUAUGGGGGGCUAUUGUGUGGUGUGGGGGUAGGAGGGCAAAUUAAGAAAUAUAUACUUUUAUUAUUAAAAAUUUUAAUGAUGUCCCCCCCUCCAUGCUUACCUUUGCCUGGGAGGGGGGACAUUUCCUGCAGUCCCUGGUGGUGAGAGUGAACUCUAGCAGCCUCAGGAGCUGCUAGAGUUCACUCUCGCGAGAUUUGGAGCAUUGCUGUGGUAACCACAGCAACUCUCCUAGCUCACGAGAGGAGAACCCGGUGGAGCUGCAGUCUAGAGCUCUCCCGGGUCCUCUCUCUCCCUCCCUCGCUUCCGGCUGUCAGCAAAGGGCUCGCGGGCCGGAGAAGGAGAACUAUGAUCAUAGCACCAGGAAAAAACCUUGCGACACACUGUUUGUGAACCACUGAACUAACCUAUACUACCUACUGUGUGGUUGAACAUUAUGGAAUUUAUGUAUAAAAAGUGUUGUGUGCUGAAAAGUGGUCUAAAGUGCUAAAAGUAGCUGCAGUCACCAUGAAAACCAAAAGAACCAGCAGGCACAUUGCAUCGGUGACUCCAACCCUUUUCCAUGUUUGCACCACUUUUUAGAACGGGCACUUUUUAUAUUUCACUCCAAAUGUUCUGUGUAAAGGUCAAAAGGAUUUUCUGAUGUUUUUAUUCUCUCCUUUUUGACAGAUGUUUCGGUUCCAGUCAAAACAUUAGAAAACAAUGGAAUAUUCUUUGAUCAUUGUUAUAGUGUAUGUUCCAUAGUACAACAAGAUCACAAGGUUCCAGAAAUUGAAGGUAUUUUUCCCCAAAUCUUUGAAAAUGUACUGAAUUCUUCAUAUUAAAAGACUAUGCAUUUAUUAAUCUUGUGUGGAUAAAUGCAGUCUUACACAUGAAUAAAUAAGGUAGCGCAUAUUACUACAUGUUUUAGCAUGAUCAGUAAUAUAAUAUAAUGAAACCUUUCAUUUUACCUCAGGCUGCCAUGACGUCAAGAUAAUCCUUUGGGGCCUGUCUUUGCUAGUGCAAUAUUUGUUCAGGAAAAGGGUCAUUUUAACUGCUACAGCACUAACAACAAGGGGAUCCUUCUGCCUAUAAGACUGUCUUGAUGUAAACUGGAUUUCCUAAUUGUUCUAAUGCUUUAACGUAUGAUUGCCUGUGGAGAAUAUUCCAUGUGUGAGCAUAUUGACUUAGCCACAACUGUUAUUCUCUAAACCAGAGUUGGCCAAAAGGUAGAGGCCCAUGUGCCAUAGAAGUACAAGUCCCAUGAUAUUUUGCUUGCCUGUAAAAUGGAAAAGCAUCAUGAGAUUGUAGUUCCACGCCAUCUAAAUAAAUUGAGCUAACAAUGUUUUUCAGAUUCCUAUCUGGAAGUGCAGCAAGGGGUUCUGAUGGUAAAAUGUACAAGAUAAAACAGACAAUCUGAUUUUUGGGGUAUAUAGUGUAAAUAUAUAACUGACUGGGGGGGCGGGGGGGUGGAAUCCCUUUAGUCUAGUAGAACUUUUAUCCAUUGAAUGAAUGAUGUAUAGCCAAUUAAAUUGAACUUCUUUUACUUUGUGUUAAACGUUACUGACUGCUAACAACUAAUGAUAAUUGCAUUUUGUUUAUUCUUCAGAGGAGCCCAGUGCUAAUGGAGACAAUAGGGAAGUGUGUGAGUCUCCAACAUUAAUUCCACAGCCAGUCCAUGAAGAUGCAAUAGUGGAAAUUCACACUGAAGAGCCUGAGAGUGUACCUUCACCUGUCAAUGAGGAGGAAAUCAAGGACACCCAACUUCAGAUUAAUGAAAGUCCUGAAAGCAGUCCUUCUUCUAACUUAACUGCACCCCAAAAGUGGCCUCUACUACGGGCUAAUAGCAGUGGCCUAUUUAGAUGUGAGCAGUGUGAUUUUAACAGCAAGUACUUCUCUGAUCUAAAGCAGCACAUGAUUCUGAAGCACAAGUGCACAGAAUCUCACAUCUGCAAGGUGUGUAAACAAAGUUUCUCAAGUGAUGAUUUACUUUUGGACCAUGGAAAGGUUCAUGAGGAGGACCAGCUGAGCUGUAAGCACUGUGACUUCAAGACCAAUGCCUUUGAAAGCCUCAGUCAACAUGUAGCAGAUGCUCACUUCAAUGACUUCCUGUACUGGUGUGAACAAUGCGACCUGCAGUUUUGCACAAGCAGCGAACUGUACCUGCACUUUCAGGAGCACAGCUGUGAUGAACAGUACCUCUGCCAGUUCUGUGAACAUGAGACAAACGACCCAGAAGAUCUUCACAGCCAUGUGGUAAACGAACAUACCUGCCGACUAAUAGAGCUGAGUGACGCCUAUAAUAAUGGAGGACGAGGGCAGUUCAGUCUUUUAAACAAAAUUAGCUUUGAUAAGUCCAAAAACUUCUUUGUUUGCCAAGUAUGUGGCUUUAGCAGCCGACUCCACACAAAUGUGAAUAGGCAUGUAGCAAUAGAGCAUACACGUUUCUAUCCACAUGUUUGUGAUGACUGUGGAAAAGGCUUUUCUGGUAUGUUAGAGUACAGCGAGCAUUUAAAUUUACAUUCUUCUGAAGGCGUCUACCUGUGCCAGUAUUGCGAAUAUUCCACAGGUCAGCUGGAAGAUCUGAAAACACACUUAGAUUUUAGGCAUUCUACAGAUAUGCCCCACAAAUGUAAGAACUGCCUUCUGAGAUUUGGAUCAGAGAACGAACUUAAAAGUCACCUUCAGACCCAUGAGAGAACAUGAUCAUAUUGGUGGGGAAUUAGCUGUAGUUUUCAUGUCAUUGUCUACAAAAGACAAAACUUUGAAACUGUUGGUAAUCUUAGAGGUCUGUCAAAUUAUAAAUGUGAAUUUCUCGUGUAGUUUUGCGGAUAAAGAAGCCAACUUGAUUCACAUGUUUAUUGCUGGAUUAAUUGCCAGCAAAUAUACAUAGAUUUCAUUAUGUAUAAGAAAACUUGUUUGAUCUUGCUGAUUCGUUGUAAAAUGUACGUUCAUUCUUGAAUAAUUAUUCUAUUUACUAAAUAAUGAAUUCAGUGCUCCUGAUGUGAUUGCAGUUGUUUACUUUUUAAAUCAAGCAAUGCAAUCCCUAAAUAAAACACACGGUGCAUGCUAGUUGGUAUUAAAUGUCUGUGCCUGCUGUGUUUAUCAUUUGGUUUUUGUUUUGGUGUUUGUUUUUUUGUGAUAGGAAAUCUUGUGUUUGUGUGUAAAUAACUCUGCAUGGUCAUUCUGGACAGAAGACAAAAUAUUUGAAGCCAUCAGACUACCUGGAUUUUAUGCUUUUUCUGGAGUUAUGUAGAGGGGAACUUUUUUUUUCUGAUAUUUUAUUUGAAAUGCCUUGCUGGUUUCCUGGGUGGGUGAAGGCAUUCCUUUACAUAAAAGGCCACAUUGCAUCAAAUUAAUGACAGAUUUUAUUAUGUAUUUGGAAAAUACAGUUUGUACCAAAUACACUUUGGUAAUUUACUCUUAAAUAUUUGGGACCAUGUAUUUUCUCAGUGAAAUUAAAAAUCAAGAAAUGCACUCCAUGCUGUUCAACAUCAUACAGUAAAAUGGUUAUGAAAAGCAGGGACUGUUUGUAUUGUAUAAUUCCCUCUCAUUUGUUUGGAUUCAGUCCCAUAAGUCUGAGAUUACUGUAAAAUCUAUUUAUAAAAUGUAAUACAUUCUAUCUGAUACUGAUGGUUUGACAGAAAUAUGUAAAACGUAAUUUUCAAAUAAAAAGAUAAAACUUGUUUUUGGGCACUGUAAAAUAAGAGAAGUAAUCAAAUUCAGAAUAAUUAUAAUUUCAGUCCAACCCAAGAUGUCACACAUACAUAAGCUUGCAUAAGGAAAAAAAAAACAAAUGGAUUCUUUUGAAACUAAUAAUGUACAUGCUAACAUUAAAAUAUCAAUUCCAAGGUGAUUGGGGAAACCCUUAUAAAAGUAACAUAAAGGCAGCCUAACCAGUUAUAUACAGAAAUGUUUUUAAUCUUUUUUGUUUAAAUGUAAUAAAAAGGCAUUAG